CAUUCAUGCAAUCAAAUUCCCACUUGCGUAUUAUUUUUUCUGUUAAAUGAAUAUCAUCUAAAUAAUUUCUCUAUAUAUAUAAACCUCAGUUAAAUAGAAACACUACAACAACAUCAUCACAUUCACAAUCUCAUAAACCUCUUAUAAUAUAUAAGAAUGGCUGUUUCUUUUAGAUUUAAUCAUCACUUCCUCGCAUCUCUUCUCAUAACCAUUACCAUAACCACGCUCAAGUCGGUCCAUACAACAACAACAACAAACACGGAGUUCGUAAAAUCAUUAUGCACAUUCACAACGUACCCAAGACUCUGUGUCACUUCACUCUCAACUCAAUCCAGUCUCAUCCAAACCAGCCACAAGCUCAUGGCUCAUGCGGCUCUCAACAUCACAUUAGCCUCGGCUAAAGCCACGUCAGCAAUGAUGGUGCGUGUCUCGAGUAGUAGUCGGCUCAAGCCGAGAGAAGUCUCGGCCAUGAGAGACUGCGUUGAGGAGCUAGGUGACACGUUGGAGGAGCUUAGGAAAUCGUUAGGCGAGAUGGGUCAGCUAAGUGGCUCGAACUAUGAGGUCUACAUGAAUGAUAUUCAGACUUGGGUUAGCGCGGCUCUGACCGAUGAGUACACGUGCUCGGAUGGAUUUGAAGGAGAUGAAAUGAACGGGAAGGUUAAGGUUUUGGUUAGAGGGAGGAUUUUGAUUAUUGCUCAUUUAACGAGUAAUGCUUUAGCUUUGAUUAAUCACUUUGCUUCUAUUCAUUGUUAGAGAGACUGAAAUAUUUUUAGUUUCUUUUUAUUGCAAUUUCUGUUGCUUUUGUCUGUUUGUGUGUAUAAGAAAUAGUAAUAAUACAAUGUAUGUGUUCGUCUUUAA